CUGGCAUCUCUGCUUCCGAAUAAGAAGAACAGUAAAUUUGCUUUCGUAGUGCUUGACUACUUGAUAAGUGUUAUGGAUCUGGUGAAAAUUGAAAGUUUAUUGGCUAGCAGAGUAGUUUGAAAUGAAAAUAAUGAUUGUUAUUGAAGAACUGUGCUUUUAAAAUUAUUUGAACGAGAAACUCGGAUGCCUAAAUUCAGAUGAUAUCGAACAGAGGGUAAACUGUGUGAGCACUUCUAUUGACGAAUAUAGUAACCAAAAAUCCAAACAGUACUGCUUUCCAUUAGGAUAAGAUGGCGUAUUACAAACCAACCGACAUUGAUGGUUUCAUAACCCAAAUGGCAAAGGCAGACAUGAGAAUCAAAGCGCAACUAGCAGAAGAUUUAGUACUGUAUUUGAAUGAUGCUGAAAACUCAAUCGAAUGCGUAGAUCUUGGUUUACUGGUAGAUGGUUUGAUUCCUUGGAUGGUUGGCAGUCAUUUUAAGAUCGCACAACGUGCUCUAGAAGCUUUUACCGAGCUUAUCGUACGUCUUGGACAAGAUUUUAGCGCUUACACUACUACAAUUCUACCACAUGUAGUAGAUCGUCUUGGAGAUAGUCGUGACACAGUUCGAGAGAAAGCACAACUGCUAUUGCACAAAUUGAUGGAGUGUAGAGUUGUUCCUCCUCAAUCAUUAUUAGAUAAGCUUAUUGUUUGCUUCAAGCAUAAAAAUGGAAAAGUUCGUGAAGAAUUUUUGCAAACAAUUAUAAAUGCAUUGAACGAAUAUGGAACUCAGUCUCUGUCUGUGAAACCCUUUAUUCAACCCAUUGUAGUACUGUUAGGUGAUCCAACACCAACUGUACGAGAUGCAGCAAUUCAAACUCUGGUGGAAAUAUACAAGCAUGUUGGAGAUAAAUUGAGAAUUGAUCUUCGUAAGAAGGAUGUUCCACCUACUAAAUUAAUGAUUCUUGAGCAAAAGUUUGACGAAACUAGAAAUGAUGGUUUACUAUUACCUUCCGCGAUGAAUUCAGCUGUCACUAGUGAUGAUGUUGAUGUCGCUGUAGUAACAAGGCCAACAAAAUUGGUAAAACGAACACCCUCUGCUACCCCUCGUAAACCUUUAUUCGAAACGCAAGGCUCAGGAGAUUUACUCGCAGCUGGAUCAGUAUCGGGAGAAAUAUUCGAAAAUUCAUUCGAGAGCGUUCCACAGUUAACUAUUUUCUCUCAACGAGAUAUGGAUGAACACAUGAAAUCAAUCAACACAUUAAUAGGAGAUAAAAAUGUAGACUGGGAGAAACGAGUUGAGGCACUGAAAAAAAUCCGUUCUUUAUUGAUGAUCCAAGUCCAAAAUUCACCUACAUUCACACAGCAGCUGAAAGAUUUAUCAAUAGCAUUCCUGGAUAUUUUGAAGGAACUCAGAUCGCAAGUUAUCCGUGAAGCUUGUAUCACACUUGCAUACAUGAGUAAAACAUUAAAAAACCGUAUUGAUCAAUUUACUAUAUAUAUUUUACAAGAACUGAUCAAUCUAAUCCAAAAUGCUGCUAAAGUUAUAUCAUCUGCAGGAACUAUUGCUCUUAAAUAUGUUAUAAAAUACACUCAUGCUCCAAAGUUGAUACCUAUUAUUACGCAGAAUCUGAUGCAGUCAAAGUCUAAGGACAUUCGAAGUACGCUAUGUGAAGUUAUGAUCCUUUUGUUUGAAGAAUGGCCUACAAAAGCUCUAGAGAGGAAUAGUCUUCUUUUAAGAGAUGCGUUGCGCAAAGGAAUUGCAGACGCGGACAGUGAUGCUCGUAGGCACAGCCGAUGUGCAUUUUGGAGUUUUAGGCGACACUUUCCCGAUCUUGCAGAUGCCCUAUAUUCUUCAUUAGAUCCAGCAACACAGAGGACUUUGGAGAAAGAUCGUGACAUCAUUUCUACCAAUGGUACCAACUCAUUGAGUGUUAGUUUACGUGGAAGCAAUAGUAGCUUAAAUUCUGUCUCUGGUGGGGUGAUAAAACGCAGACAAUCUUCGGGACUCAGAAGUCCGGCAUCUGCACAACCUCCAGCUAGUGCUAGUACAGAAAAUUUAUCAUCAGCUCCCUCUCAAGCAACAAGACUGCAACGGACGCCUUCAUUGCCCCGAUCUUAUUCUCGAAAUCGUAGUGGAAUCCCAAUAGCAUAUCGGGAACAGUCAUCAGUUGCAAUACGAGCUGGUGUACGAAGCAUUUCGGCUGUUGAUACUGCAGCUGCUCAACGAGCCCGAGCACGAGCUCAGUAUUCCAAUAUGGCACGAAUGAAAAUAUCAUCUGGGACCGCUUCUUUACAUGGGCAGUAUGCUCAACAAGCUCGAACAAAAAAGGUUCCGACACCAACUGCCACCCCACAACAAAUAUCAACGCCUGAACGAAAAAUAAGAUCGCGGUCCGGAGUAUCACAAUCUCAGCCCACAUCAAGAAGUACUUCUCCUUCAAGUAAACUACGUGAUAAUUUUGGCAUUCCUUCGCUUUAUAAACAGACUGGUACUGUUCCAAAAAAAACUUCAGGCAUUCCUCGUUCGCUAGCGAAUUCUCGCGAAACAAGUCCUACAAGAGGAACUCAAUUCGGAUCAUUGCGACGCAAUGUAUACGGCACUGGUAGCCCUAGACGACUAGAUAGGCCACCUUUAAAUCCUGGGAGACCCGUACUUGCACAAAAAAUAUUACAGCAAAGCAGAGAAGCAGAAACUGCACUAGCAGAUGCACUAUCUCCAGACGACCAUGAUAUUUCAGUAGAUUUUGGUCGUUUAGGUCUUCACAGGAAAAUUUCACGUGAAGAAUCCGACGAAAGUGAAGCGUCGUCGGUUUGCUCAGAACGGAGUUUUGAUUCCUAUAGAAGAGGAAAUGAUUCGUUUUCGUGGAAUGGAUCAAGAACACGUCUUGAUAGCUCACGACAAAUUGUUGAGGACAUCGAAACAAUUAUUCAGUUGUGUGCAUCUGCGCAUUGGUCAGAACGCAAAGAUGGUCUUGUUAAUUUAACACAUUAUCUCAGUGAUGGAAGAAUGCUGAGUCCACAACAGUUGCAGAAUGUUCUGGAUCUCUUCCGGAAAAUGUUUAUGGAUCCUCAUAUAAAAGUUUACGCUCUGUUUUUGGAUACAGUUAAUGAAUUAAUCUUAUCACAUUCGAAUGAUCUACACGAGUGGUUGUUCAUUUUACUGACCCGUUUGUUUCAAAAAUUAGGAGGAGACUUAUUGGGCUCAAUGCAUGGAAAAAUAUGGAAAACACUUCAGUUGAUAUAUGAAUAUUUCCCAGCGGAUCUUCAGAUGCAGUGCGUUUUCCGGAUUCUGGUUGAUGCCGCUCAAACACCAAAUAUAAAGACGCGUCAAGCUACUUUAAAGUUUUUAACUACCUUGGCUACGACGUACUGUACCGCAGCACAAUUUGUUACGCAUAGUCAAAUUCAGCAUUUAGUAGAUCGAGCAAUACUCAAAAUUAUUCAAACGGCACUUGAUCAAAAAAGUCUUGAAUUAAAAUCUCAAGCCCGUUCUUGUAUAGUUGCAUUAUACAACUGCAACCCAUCUCAGAUGACCAUGACUUUAGCUAAUCUUCCAAAGCAGUAUCAGGAUACAGCUAAAGCAAUAAUUCAACAACACAUGCGACGAAGUACCUCAGGAACAGAUAGUCCUUCAUCACCCCUAUCGUCUUCAAGUCCUAAACCAUUAUUGAGUCCUCAGCAGGGACCGUAUAGUUUACAAAAUGUUCCGAUUCCAAGAUCGCGGCAAACAUCCGUAGACGUUGUGGAUUCUAUGAACACAGAAGAAAUUUACAAAAAUCUUCGAAAGACGACAGCUGAAAUUCAAAAUUACAGCUUCGAAACAAAAUUAGAUAGAGAUGCUAAUAGUAAAGACUCAGGAAUAAGCCAAAUGGGAGAGAUCCAGAUGCAAAAUGUGGAAAUGUAUACUAUGCCUUCGAAUGGUCUUAAUGGGCAUGUAGGAAUGGAAAAAGAUGAUUCAUGCAAUGGAUCGAAAACUCAAUCUGCUACUACCACCGAAUCAAAUACACCCGAGAAUACAGUUAGGAUAGAGGGAUUGGACGCAGGCCUCAAAGCUUCAAGUACACAGCAACGUAGCCACAGUUAUACAGUAACAAAUACCGGUGAACUAAUAGUGGAGAGUGGUAUUAAGGAAAAUGAUGUCAUAAAAGCAUCAAUUUUACUAUCCCAUGAUACAAAUCAAGAAAUGGUGGUACAGGUUUUAGGAAAUCUACAGCUUUGUAUAAAAUACGGAAAUUGCGAACUACCCAUUAAAAACUUCAAAGCCAUUAUGAAAAUGUUGUUAAACUUGAUGGAAUCUCAAAACAACACAGUAUUGAUCGCAUCCCUUCACACGCUUGGGCGAAUUGUUCGUAGUUCAGAAAUGAAAUCUUGCUGGAGUAAUUUUUUGGAACUAAUCUUAUUGAAAAUCAUAGAUUGUUACAAAAUUAGUAAAGAGGUUUCUAGGGAAAUCGACCUUAUUGUUGUUAAAAUAGCAACUGUUUUACCUCUCGAUAUAUCUGUAAAUAUUCUGAAUCCAGUAAUUGCGACAGGAGAUUUUCCUGCGAACCUCUGCGCUCUUAAAAUUCUUAAAGAAUUAGCACAUAAACAAGGAAAGGAUCUGACAGAUAAUCAUUUAGAUAAUAUUAUGCCAAACAUAGCUAGGCUAGCUGAUGACGGCCAAUCAAUGGUGAGAAAAGCGGCAGUAUUUUGUAUGGUUGAGCUCUACAUUGUCAUGGGCGAAGAGAAAGUAAAGCCGAAGUUUGCUCUUCUUAAUGCGAGUAAGAUAAGAUUGUUAAACGUGUACAUUGCUAAAGCAUUAGGUAACAACAGUAAAGGGUCUGUAUCAUGAUCUAUUGCCAUGUGAUGGUUAGUUGGACGCAAGUUUGCAAAACUUUUCUGUAAAUUGGAAGAUACAAUUCGAUUAUUGAAAAAUAAUAUUCACUAAACAGUUUUUUCUUAUUUGAAAUUGAUUCUUUUCCGUCAUAUAUUAAGGAGCAUGUCGUUGCAAUUCAAAGUAAACAAUCUAACUUUUUAACAACUAACUUUGAAUGAAAUUGCAGAAUUUUUAUAUAUUCGGUAUGCAAUAAUUUUCCGGUACUCUACAAACUAUUCUACCAUUAGAACGGUUUAAAGAUGUUCGCGAACAAAUGCAUGUAUAAUAUAGUUUACUCAAAUCCUGGUAUAGCUUGUUGCAAUUUUUUAAAUAACAUAGUUGUUAUGUAAACACAUGUAAAUCAAUCAUUGUAAGUUAUACAACGCAGCAGUCGAGGUCAAAAUGUUUUUUUUAUUAUAUUUAUAUUAAAUAUUACAGGAUUCUCGUAACUAUUUUCAAUUUUGAUAGUAUAUAGUAGCAAACGCUUUAUUUAUAAAUCAAUCAUCCAGCGGCUAUCUGGCAUUUCUAGUCGCCUAUUAAUAAGGCAUUAUUAACUGUACUAAUAAAAUGCAUUGAUUUGAUAA